CUUAAGCAAGAUGUGAUAGCAAAUAGGUUUUUCCUUUUUUUCGCGUAUGUGCACAAUCUAAGAAAAGUUGGUCUCUGUUGUACGAUUAAUGUUGAUGGAUAUGAUGUCCCGAUAACCACUAGAAAGAAGGAAAAAACAAUAUAUAUAUAUGGUCCAGUAUCAUGUUUUGAACCGCAAACUAUAUAUAGACACCAUACAUGCCUGUUGAUUGUCGCUGAUCUUCAUUUUAUGAGCAGAGAAUGAAUGUCUGCAAGCAAGGAGCUGACCACAUUACUAUACCAUCACAAAAUUUUAAAACAUUUCAAGCAAAUUCACUCUUUUCUCAUCACUCAUGGCCUCUCGGACCACACGUUCUUCCUUACUAAACGCCUCCAUUCCCCUACUCUAUACCAAACCGACCACAUUGAGACACUACCCAGUACCAUCCAUUUAUGGAACACCAUUAUCAGUGGCUUCUCUAUCAGUUUUCAACCCCAAAAAUCUCUUCUUUAUUAUACAAUAAUGCGCCGAAUUGGUAUUCUUCCAGAUAACCAAACAUACAAUUUGCUUCUCAAGUCGUAUCCGCAGUUGGAAAAUCGAAAACCAUUUGACAUUUACGCUCAUAUCGUGAAGUACGGCUUGGAUUUUGACAAUUCGGUGACAAAUUCUCUGAUCACUGCAUUUUCAAACUGUGGGUGCGUUCAGUUUGCACAUCAAGUGCUUGAUGAAAGUCCACAUAGGAAUUUGGUUACUUGGACUGCAAUGAUUGAUGGGUAUGUUAGAAACGGUUUUCCUGUUGAUGGAAUAAAAUGUUUCAAAAAGAUGAGAUCAAUGGGUGUGAAGAUUGAUGAGAUAACUGUUGUUAGUGUUCUUUGUGCAGCAGGGAUGGCUGGUGAUGUUUGGUUUGGAAGAUGGGUUCAUGGUUUUUAUGUAGAAUCAGGAAGAGUGAAAUGGGAUGUUUAUAUUGGUAGUUCUCUACUAGAUAUGUACUGUAAAUGCGGUUAUUGUGAUGACGCCUGUAAACUGUUUAAUGAAAUGCCAGUGAAAAAUAUCGUUUGUUGGAGUGCGUUGAUAGCUGGUUAUGUGCAAUGUAAUAGAUUCAAGGAUGCAUUACUUCUCUUUCAGGACAUGCUACUGACUGAUGUUAGACCUAACCAAUGUACUUUGUCUAGUGUUCUCACUGCUUCAGCUCAACUGGGUGCAUUGGAUCGAGGAAGAUGGGUGCAUGAUUAUAUAGAUAGGAACUCGUUAGAAAUGAAUUCAAUUCUUGGGACAGCACUGAUAGAUAUGUAUGCAAAAUGUGGCUGUAUAAGUGAGGCUUAUGUGGUGUUCAAUAAGUUGCAUAUAAAAAAUGUCUACACUUGGACUGCCAUGAUUAAUGGUUUGGCAAUGCAUGGAGACGCCUUAAGCUCGUUGAAUCUUUUCAGUCACAUGAUUAGUAACGGGGUUCAGCCAAAUGGAGUUACCUUCGUUGGUAUUCUCAAUGCUUGUGCUCAUGGAGGUCUUGUACACAUUGGACGUGGAUUGUUUGAUAUGAUGAAGCACAUGUAUAAUUUGGAGCCGAAUGUAGAUCAUUAUGGUUGUAUGGUUGAUCUACUAGGUCGGGCAGGGUACUUGGAGGAUGCAAUAAAGUUGAUUGAAGAUAUGCCAGUGAAGCCUACACCUGGUGUAUGGGGAGCUCUGUUUGGUGCCUGUAUGAUACACAAGGCUUUUAACCUAGGGGAAUAUGUAGGGAAUCUUUUAAUCAGGCUUCAGCCCAGUCACAGUGGUAGAUAUGCACUCCUAGCAAAUAUGUAUUCAGAAUAUGGUAAAUGGGAUGCAGCUGCACAUGUAAGAAAGAUAAUGAAAGGGAAAGGCAUUGAGAAGAAACCAGGGCAUAGCUGGAUAGAAGUGAACGGUUUAGUUCGCAAAUUUAUUGCCUUUGAUGGAUCGCAUUCUGAAUCAUGUGAUUUAUAUGAUAUGUUAAACAAUAUCAUGGAUCAGCUGAAGCUUGCUGAUCAUCUUCCAGAGACCAAAUCAUUGACAUUUGACAUAGUGACAUUUGAUGCAUAAUAAUUUAUUUUCAGUCAAUUUACUUGAUAAAAAGAUUAUCCAUCUAGUUUCUGCGCUUGCACUUACGCUCAAUUAGCUUCGGAUCACAGACAUUGGAUUAAGGAGCAGAUAGCAAGGGGUUGAUUUAUUAGUUUAUGGGAAACGAGCACUUGUUCAACUGGGCUGUCUUUUGUGCUACACCAAUUUAUAUGAUUGACAUACUGGAGCACUACCCUGCUUCCGUCAAGUUUAUUGAUUAACUACAACUCUGCUGGUUCAACCCCCUCAACCUUUCAGUCUUAGAGAUGUUGGGAAUGCGGGAGUCACAGGUUUUUCUUCUCUAUCUACCUACCAAUAUUGAUGGGCAUCCAAACUGUGUGUCCCAUAUCCAUUGCGAUGGGCUUCCCAAUGAACAGAAGUAGGCCAUGUCCUGUAUCUGGACCAAACUGAACCAUCUCAGUAACCUUGAGAAAAAAUGUGCAUUGUGGCCCAUUUACAGGAUGCAUGUUGUAUGGAGCAUAUAAAGCUGAGUAAUGGCCUCUAGAAUGGUAGUUGGUGGUACAAUGCCUUUGUCAUAUAAGACAGAGACAGUCAUCAGUACCAUGGCAAUAAAGGAAGAUAGAGUGAUGAUGUCAUGAGCGCAACGCCUCUGAGAACAUUAUGUGCUCAUUUUGGUCAGGUAUUGUCACAGAAUAGAAGCCGUUUGUUUAAGGACCUGAAAAAAGUAAGUCAGGAGUGGAGCCUGGGUAGUGACAAAGGUGCGACAUGCUUUGGAGUUUAGCUUGUGACCCUUUCCUGAAUGAUUAGGUUUGGCUUGAUUCUCUAUAUUUUGCAGAAGCACUUGCCAAGGUACCAGUUUCAAACUUUGAAAUAGUUUUGCAGGUCUGUCUUUAUAAAAGGUCUGACAGCCCCUCAUGUCACUCUGGAAGCUAGCAAAGGGCUGAAAAUAAAUUAUAGAAUCAAAACUCUUGCGCAUUGCUAAUGGUGAUGGAGGGUUAGCAAUAGCAAAUAUCAGAUCCGAAUUGGGCAUUUUCCAAAAAUUAAAAGAAUAUAGGGAAUAAAGAAAACACAUAAGAUUUCAGUGAUAAUCUUGACAACUUCUUUUAACUAGAUAAGGUUAUCUUCUAUCACUAUUAUCUUAAAAAUGAUAAUGGCCAUGUCCAACUUUCCUUAGCUGACCUAUAUUUCUAGUUUUAUUAUUGUUGCUAGUAUUAUUUUUAUCUUUAUUUCUAUAUAUUUUAGUAGUACUUGUCAUAUGUUAUCAAAGAUUCUUGCUUGAUUUGCACUGAUCUUGAGAUUGGCUAUUAUUAUAAUUUGUUUUGAGUUUUUCAGUU